AUGGACAACGAGGCCGCUGCGCGUGGCACGACCGUGUAUCUGGUCGACAAGCGGAUAGACAUGUUACCCGCGCUUCUUGGGACGAACCUCUGUUCUCUUCGGCCAUUCGUCGAGCGCUUGGCGUUCUCCGUGAUUUGGGAAUUGGCGCCGGACGCCGAAAUUGUCAAUGUCCGCUUUACCAAGUCUGUCAUUGCGUCGAAGUCCGCGUUUACGUACGAAGAAGCGCAGGUGCGCAAAGACGACCCGAAGCUGGACGAUGAAUUGACGAGAAGUGUGAGGCUUCUGAAUUCCCUCGCUCGCCAGCUCAAGGCAAAGAGGAUGGCGGCGGGCGCCCUGAACCUGGCGUCGCCCGAGGUGAAGAUCCAGCUGGAGAGCUCAGAGUCGUCGGACCCCAUCGACGUGGAGCAGAAGGAGCUGCGGGAGACGAACAGCCUGGUCGAGGAGUUCAUGCUGCUGGCGAACAUCAGCGUGGCAGAAAAGAUCCAGGAGGCGUUCCCACAGACGGCCCCACCGUCUAGACGGCACCUGCCCCCGCCGCGGGCGAACUUUGAGAAGCUGCAGGACAUUUUGCUGAAGCGCAAGGGCCUGGCACUGGACGUCUCGAGCUCCGGCGCGCUUGCGGCCUCGCUGGAUAGGUGCACGGACCCCGCCGAGCCUGCGUUCAACACGCUGGUGCGCAUCAUGGCCACGCGCUGUAUGCUCGCCGCGGAGUACUUUUGCGCGGGGAGCGUCGCGCGCGACACGUUUGCGCACUACGGCCUCGCGAGCGCGAUCUACACGCACUUUACGAGCCCGAUCAGGCGGUACGCCGGUGAGCACGCCCCGUCCCCGCCCCCGUCCGCGAGUGGGCACAGAGGCUGA